CGUGUAUCCGUACCCUGUGCUAUCUUCUUUGUCGUCAUGUUUGAGAUUGAGGUUUCUGUAUGCCCCAGUAACUUGCCUUUACUAUUUAGUAAAGCAAGUCAGCUAUUGUAGCUCGUCAACGGCCGCUAACCAAGUAGCUUGCCCAUUCUUCAGACUUUGUUCGUAGCAGCGAGCGAGUAGAGCAGACUGGCAGUAUCCAUAGUGUAGGUAUUCGUGAACUAAGGUAGAUACUCUCAGUCUCAAGCGACAAGGCCUCGCUGUGCUGUUGACGUGGUCAGCGAUGCUUGGGCAAUGGCGGGUCGCGAGGGAUCCGUGGCCCCGCGACAAAGCAGCAGGGCCCAGGGGGAAGGGCAGAACUCGGGACCUUCAGCUGGUCCAUGCAGGCGCAGACUCUCGGAGAAGCAGUGAUGUGACCACUGGCCCAGUGACAAGGCUUGAGGUGCCAGGUCAGAAACAAAGACGGGGAAUAAGGCAAGAAAAAUACAGGGAGAUCGCCAGGGGUCCGCUGCACAGAUCUGACGUUGAUGGACGUUGGCGACGAACCUUUGACCGUGACUGGAGCUUCACCGCCGGGCUGUACCCGCUGAUGCCCACCAAGAUCCGGAAACGUCAAGAUAAUAUGAGAAAGGACUGGGAGGAGGGGGGAUUCAAGUCGAGUGGGCAGGGGGCAUUCCAUCAUAUCAGAUCAGGCCCGCAGGAGGGGAUAAUCCGAGAGAGGCUAGAGACUUUGCAAAAGAGGGCUGGAAGAGGGCAGAGAAAUGUCUCUUGUCUUCUCUCUCCCGUCUGUUGGAACCUGGAUAAUGUCCAUGUCGAGGGGCAUCUGUUCAUCUGGGGGAGGCUGGCAGGGGCCGGGAAUAGUUGUCGACAUGGGGUUCUGCGAAUUGCGAGAUUGAGGUAGGAAUUUGAAUGGAGUUUUCGCAUGUAGUGAGAUGUCGCAGGUGAGGCUCAUGCGGCACAGCGGUAACUGGUGCCGUAAGAAUAGGUGAAGUUGAUGCAUGAACGGAAUUGUUUUGUAACCCGACGGAUUUGGGAAAAUUCGAGCAAGGAAGUCGAGAAAAAUGGCGUCUCAAAUGCAAGAGCGAAAUGCAGUGCCAACGAAAAGCAACA